CAUGUGCAUACUGUGCACCCCUAACUUUUCAAGGUAGCAGAGGAAAACAGUAGCACAUUAAACUUGGAUAAAUACAUUUCAGGAACUUAAAAGUAAAACUAAUAUUCCUGAUCUUCCUGUUAAAAUGAAUUUCCUGUCAACCAUUGUGACAUUUGAGAACCUCCAUGAGGUUCGGAGAUUAUGCCACUGGGGUCCAAUCAUAGCUUUAUCUGUUAUUGCUAUAUGCUCAACCAUGGCAAUUAUAGACUCCAUUAUCUGGUAUUGGCCGCUAGAUACUACAGGAGGCAGCAUUAACUUCAUCAUGCUCAUCAACUGGACAGUACUCAUUCUUUACAACUACUUCAAUGCCAUGUUUGUUGGACCUGGAUGCAUUCCUUUUGGCUGGAAACCAGAGACUCAACAGGAUUUACAAUACUUACAAUACUGCAGAGUGUGCCAAGGGUAUAAAGCUCCCAGAUCUCACCACUGUCGAAAGUGUAACAGGUGUGUAAUGAAGAUGGACCACCACUGCCCUUGGAUCAACAAUUGCUGCGGCCACCUAAACCAUGCCUACUUCACCAGCUUCCUGCUGCUGGCUCCACUAGGAUGCUCCCACGCUGCCAUUAUCUUCAUCAUGACCAUGUAUACUCAGCUGUAUGAAAGGAUAUCAUUUGGCUGGAGUACUGUAAAGAUCGACAUGAGUGCUGUUCGUCAGUUCCAGCCCCUCAUGCCCUUCAGUGUGCCUGCUUUUGCUGCCACACUAUUUGCCUUAGGUUUGGCACUGGGCACAACAAUUGCUGUUGGUAUGCUUUUCUUCAUACAGAUGAAAGUCAUCCUCCGAAAUAAGACGUCAAUUGAGUCCUGGAUUGAGGAAAAGGCCAAAGACAGAAUACAGCACUACCAAACAGGGGAGGAGUUCAUCUUUCCAUAUGACCUUGGCAGCCGCUGGCUGAACUUUAAGCAAGUCUUUACGUGGUCAGGGACACCCAAAGUGGACGGCAUUGUGUGGCCGGUUCAUCCCAAGUGUCACCAGCACACCUUAACAAUAGAGCAGCUGAAGCAGAAAGCUGAUAAACGAGUGAGAAGUCAGGUCCAGUACCAGGUAGUGGAGGAUUACAAUGGAGCCUGCUGCCCCCUUAACAAGGGCAUCCAAACGUUUUUCAGGACUCCCUGCACUGAGGAGCCCAGGAUCGCCCUCAUUAAAGGGGACAUCAUCCUGGCCACACGUGGCACUAAAUGGUGGAUGUAUGGAGACAAAGUUUUAAACGAGGAGAGACUGAAAGCUGGGGAGCGCAUACGAGGAUGGUUUCCAAGGAGAUGUGUUGAGAAGUGCCAUUAUGACAUGGCUACCAGUGAUAGCACCAGUGAUAAGAAAGUAAAUUAACAUGU